AACCUGAUACCACUUUGAUGUGUGAGUGCGUGGUUCUUGUUCAUCUCUCUCUCUCUCUCUAAAAUCUUUUCUUCUGCCAAGAAAACCAUUUCUUAGAUAAUCAAUCCUCCAAAGUUUCCACUAAAUCUUUGUUAAUGUUUUCCAAAGAUCCAAGUUAUAUUCUCCGAAACAGGUGAAUGGUAACACUGGAAGAAUCACCAAAUGUUCUUAUCAUCAUCAUCCUCCACUGAUGAAGGCUGUCCAAAUAAUCCAUCAACUUCUUCUAAUUUCUUACAUCUAACCAACUCUAGUGAUGAGUUAGGUCAAUCACAUCAUUCCAGCUUCACCAUCAGAGAUUAUGCAUGUAACUACCGAACCAAGAACAUUCAGAAAAGCUGGCCUUUUUCCUCAACAAGUUUGCAACUUUGUUUGAAACAUGGCUUAAGUGAUCUAUUGCCACCAAUGCAGCCUCUUAACUCUGUGGUAAGCCAUCCUCCUGAAGCUUCCUCAUCGAAGAAGCCACACAUAACUCCUGUUGAAGCAAUAAGCUGCAAGAGAAAGUUUGAAAAACUAGGCUCCAAUCAAGCGUUAGCAGAGACUAAGCAAUGCUUUGAGAAUGGUUCAAAAUCCAAAGUCCAAGUAGCUAACGUUAACAAGAAUCCUAGAAAAAAAUGUGGGUUAAUAGUGAAACCAGGAGCUUGUGUGGAUAGUGAAAUAAUAGAAGACCAGGGUUGUCUCUUUGAGUCUAUGGUUUUGAGAACUUGUCCCAUCUGCAAAACCUUCUCGUCUGCUUCUAGCACCACUCUGAAUGCGCAUAUCGGUAAGUGUCUGUCUGUUGACUCUGGACAGCAGCCAAUUAGUAAGCCUAGAGUUAAGCCACGGGUGAAAGUUAAAACGAUGGUUGAUAUUUACGCUACUGCAAAAGGAUGCACAUUAGAAGAUCUUGAUGAAAGAAAUGGAACAAAGUGGGCUAAUAAUAAGCCUGAAGUGUGCAACAAAAGGAAGAAGCCUAGAGUGUUGCAUGUUCACGUUGAUGAAGAUGCUGCUGGCAUUGGACCUGUCUACAUUGAUGCUAAGGGCCAAAAGCUGCGGAUUAUAUCUGAGUUUAACGAGAAAGCUUCUGAUCCAUCAAGAGAGCAAGCAGAAGAUGCCAGUGAGAAGAAAACUACUAAAGAAGGGAAGGGGAAUUACAGAAGCUUUAGGAAAAGACUUGGGGGAAAGAAGUAUUACAAGCUUUGUGAAGGCAGUGCUUUAGAGAUAUUGGAGUAUCAAAGAGGUUAUUCUGAAGAAAGUAGAGACAUGGAGAGUUCAGGUCCAACUAAGCGUAGGAUCAAGAAGCAUUCGGUGAGAAACAUUUGUGAUCAAUCCAAGAAUGGACAUUCAUUGUCAGAAGAUCCUCUCGCGCCCAGAGGUCCAAGUCGUGCGAGUGUUGAUUUAUUUGAGACAGUUUCUUCUCCUUUAAAGAGUCAAAACUCAUGGAGAAGUUGUGGGGAGAUCCAAGUCUCUGGAAAGAUCACUAAGGUUUUUGCAUCCGAGGGUGAGGGCGUUAUGAAGUUCAAGAAAGCUCAAGAGGAAGAAGAAGAUUCAGGGAGAUGGGAGUCUGUAAUGACUCAAGAACGUGUAACGACAGAUUAUAAUGAUUGGGAUGGUAAUGAAGAAACAGAUGCUUCAACUAGUGGUGGUGAAGAGAAUGAUUAUGAAAGCUGGGAAGAGACUGGUAAUAACAAAGAAGAUGGUAAUAUGUUGGAUAAAACCAAUGAUCCAGAUGCUGAGUUUGGAAGCAUGGUCUACAAGCAAACUGGUUGUGAAACUAAAGAACAAGGAGGAAGCACAUUCAUGGAGGUUGAUCCCAUUCCUAUUCCGGGACCUCCAGGGUCAUUUCUACAAAGUCCUUGGGAUUUGGAAACUGAUGCAGCUGAGCAUCAUGGAAACUUUUCAGUUAUCACAAGCCAUGUCAAAUCUUCCCAAGAUCAGCUUGACCUCACUGACAGAAACUCAUCUGAAUCACCAUUUGGACAAUCAGCACCACACAUGAUCCAACAAGAUUUAAGUCUCUUGGGUAAGACUGUUCCCGCGGCUCCUUCAACUUCCAACUCGGUGUUUCGGCUAAUGGGAAAGGAUGUGAUGGUUAUCAACCAAAGAGAAGAGACCUCACAUGGAGACUCAAGUCUAAAACCAACUUCUCAGUUUCAAGAUCUCUCUAAGACACAACAUGCGUCUCCUCCUGUUCAUCUUCUUCUCCAUCGUCCUUAUGAAUGAAACGGUUUGUAUCUCAACACCAGCACAAAGCUUUCACAACAUUCCGUGAGAAGUUUAGAUCAAGAACUCUACAUUCCAUUAGAAUUCUAAUCAACUCCUGUAAUUUUCUUUCUAUGCUUGGUUUUAAGAAGUUUUCUCCUCAACCAUUCAACAUCAAAGGUUUCAUGAUUAUCUAAUAAGGUGGUUGAGAAAAAUCUCAAGAGGCUGCUUUGAAUAAAUUGGUGAUGUAAACUCUCUUGUAAUCUACCUAGCUAGGACCUAUAUUCAUUAGGAUAUCGAGAACUCCACUAAGGUGAAGGACCCCACUUUUGUUCCAACUGCUUUCAAAGGGGUGAAAUAUAAAUGUGAAAGUUAUUAUAAUGUUAUGAAAAACGAAUUUUAAAUAAAU